AUGUCCUUCAGAACCAUAACUCGCACCGAAGUCCUCUCUCAGCUUACGGGCAUGCGCUUCAGUGGCGAUGCUAAGGAUGAAGAAGAAGACGAGUUCGGUAACUCGAUCACAUACCAAGAGUGCAUCGAACCAGGGCUCAGUUUCCCCAAUGCUCGCGCCGCAGCGGAUUGGAUGUUCGAGCAGGAGAGGCGUCAGGCAGAGGAGAAGCGCGCACGCGUCAAGGCUGAGGCAAAUGCUCGCGCCGACGCUGAAGCUCGCGCGAAGGAGCUGAAGGUAAAGGCGAAGGCGAAGGAGACCGCUCGCGAGAAGCAGAAGCGCGCCGCACGCAAGUGGCUCUCAUCCCUUGGGAACUCUGACGACCAGAGUCAAGGUCAAGCAGAUUCAGGUCGCAAGUCACCGGCGGCGGAAUCUUCGACGUCUCAUGAUCGGUCCGCGUCGAGCGGCGAGACAUCGCACUCGACUCCUGAGGCGGGAGAAGCAUCCUCGUCUGAGCCAACUCAAUCUCUGCCCGACGGUUGGACCUUCGACGGCAUGUCGUACAAGUCUCCCAUCUCCAUCAAACCAGAUGGCGGCUUCUCCUACUCGUUUUCAAGUUUCCCACCCAGUGCAGCGGCGAACGAUGACUACACUAUUCCUGAGGGAGAGGACCCGGAUCCGGAGUCAUGCCCGAUGUGUGCAGUCAUGGGUUUGAGCAACGGCCGAGGACGCUGUCUUCAUACGGGAUGGAGGAAGGAUGAGAGCGGAAACUGGUCAGGCCCGCCAGAGACGGACGAGGAGGAGCCUUUCGUUCAGGUUCGCACUUUGUAA